AUGGCAUCUGAAAACUCUUUAGCCGACCUCAUUGCGGCCUUGCCUGACGGUGACGGAUGGGGUCCUCCUCCGGUAACCGAGACCACUCUCAAUGGUGUCCCGUAUGCUCCUUUCUCGAAAGGUGACAAGCUAGGUCGUAUGGCAGACUGGACAGCGGAUAGCAAGGAUGGAAGAGAUGGACGCGGUGGUCGACAGCAAUAUAACAGAAACUUUAGAGACCAGCAGAUAUACGGUGCCGGUAGCGCUGCGCUAUUCACCGCCCCCGUCGCCGAGGAUGAAAACACAUUCUCCGUCGUUAGUAGAGAACCCACGAAGACUAGAUAUGGUCGGGGAGCAGUCUUUACACGCGGUCGCGGACAACGAGGUGCCCGACAAGAUACUAGGGGUGGUCGCGUACAGCUUCAGCGCCCUGGACGUGGGGGUCAGCAAGGCUACGGAGGAUACGACAGUCGCGGUGGUAGGUCUAAUGCGCCUCGUGGCCGCCGCUUCGGAUGGAAAGAUUACGACAAGCCGACUCGUAACCGCGACGCCUCUAUCAAUAUCAAAGCAGACUGGCAGCUACUAGAAGAGAUCGACUUCAACAGACUUGCUAAGCUAAACUUAGACGCUGAUGAAGGAGAGGACAUGGAUAGCUACGGUUUCGUUUAUUACUAUGACCGAUCCUACGACAAGCAGCCCGUCAAGGCUGCCGAGAAGAGGCUGGUGCCUUUGGAUCGUGCUGCCUACAAUGUCACUACCUCCUCGGAUCCCGUUAUUCAGGAGCUGGCCGACAAGGACGAAGCCACUAUCUUUGCCACUGAUAGCAUCUUAUCUAUGCUUAUGUGCUCUACCCGCUCGGUCUACCCAUGGGAUAUUGUAAUUGUAAGACAAGGAAACAAGAUCUUCCUCGACAAGCGCGAUAAUGCCGCACUGGACAUGGUGACGGUAAACGAGAACGCUGCCGAUGCUCCCAUGGAAGCUUCCGAUGGUAACAAGGAUGGAAUCAACCUGCCUGCUGCCCUGGCAGAGGAGGCUACCUAUAUCAACCACAAUUUCGCGAAUCAGGUCGUCCAGGAGAACGAGUCCUCGAAGGUCGAGAUGGCCCACGAAAACCCCUUCUACAAUGCUUCCGAGGAGACUGAGCCUCCGGCGAGCAAGGCUUACAAGUACCGCAGAUUCGAUCUCUCGACUAGCGAGGAAGAUCCGAUGUAUCUGAUCGUUCGGGCCGAGCUAGAUGCCGUUCAAAAGAAUGCCAUCAGCGGCGAGGAUCAGUUCUUGACUGUCAAGGCCCUCAACGAGUUUGACAGCAAGGCCCAAGGCAGCGGUGGUGCUCUAGACUGGAGAACCAAGCUAGUUAGCCAACGUGGUGCCGUUGUCGCAACGGAGAUGAAGAACAACAGCGUCAAGCUCGCACGAUGGACGGUCCAAAGUAUAUUGUCCAAGGCGGACGUCAUGAAGCUUGGUUUCGUUUCUCGUGCCAACCCGAAGUCGAACGAUAAACACGUAAUUUUGGGAGUUAUUGGCUGGAAGCCCAAGGACUUCGCUAACCAGAUGAACUUGUCGCUCUCCAACGGUUGGGGUAUCGUCCGCACCAUCGCUGACAUGUGUCUUAAGCGUGAGGAUGGCAAGUUUGUACUUGUCAAGGACCCUAAUAAGUCAAUCCUUCGACUAUACGAGGUUCCAGCUGGCAGCUUCGACGAGGACGGAGAAGAGGAGACGGUUCCGGAGGCUGUCCCUGAGGAAGAGUAG